CCGCCGGUGCCUCCGGCCCCGCCCCUUCUGGGUGUCGCCUAGGAGCGCGGCAGGGGGAGAGGCGGUGCGUGGCAUCCCAGGUCUCCCUCGUGUGGCGUCGGGGCGAGCCCGGUCGGUCGGUCAAUCCUCGGCGUCACCGGCCAAGUGGGAGGGGCUCGUCCACCCGAAGACGCGGCGUCAACGCCGGAGGGUAACCCACGCGGACGGGAAGGCGAAGCGGCGCGUGCGUCUGUCACUCCCUCACACCGGCCAUGACUGACUUCAAGCUGGGGAUCGUGCGGCUCGGCCGGGUGGCCGGCAAGAUAAAGUAUACACUCAUAGAUGAGCAGGACAUCCCGCUGGUGGACAACUAUUCAUUUGAGGCUCGGAUGGAGGUGGAUGCUGAUGGCAAUGGUGCAAAGAUCUUCGCUUACGCCUUCGACAAGUACAAGGGGCGCGGGUCUGGGCGCCUGCUCCAUGAGCUGUUAUGGCAGAGGCAUAAAGGAGGGAUCGCACCCGGCUUCCAGGUCUUACACCUCAACGGCAUCACUGUGGAUAACAGACUGGACAAUCUGCAAUUGGUCCCAUGGGGCUGGAAACCUGAGAUAGAAGAAGUGUCGAGCAAACAGAGAGAACAGUCCCUUUAUUGGUUGGCCAUACAGCAGCUCCCCACUGACCCCAUUGAAGACUUGUUCCCUCUGCUGAACGUCACCCGCUGCUAUAACGCUAAUGGAGAAGUCGUCCGGGAAGAAGAGAAUUCCUGCACUUACUAUGAAUGUCACUACCCUCCAUGUACGAUGAUAGAGAAGCAGCUACGUGAAUUUAACAUUUGUGGUAGAUGCCAACUAGCAAGAUACUGUGGUACCCAGUGCCAACAGAAGGACUGGCCCGCUCACAAAAAACACUGUUCGGAGAAGAUCCGGAUCAUGCACUGCGAGCCGGACCCCGAGCGGUGACUCCUCGGGGGCGGGGCUCCACCUUUGCUGUACAUGCUCCAUUAUUUUUCCACAUGGAGGCCGGGAUGUUGUGUUUUUCCGCACACGUUACCAGUGACUGGUCAUGGUCGCCAGAGGCACUGCAGAUAAUCCUGUGACGCUUGAGUGGCCGCCGGGCCCCCGAUGCCGGACUAUGCCGCCUGGAAGUGACUCUACGAGGAGUGGGACCCUCCACGCCAGUAUUACCGUCUCACAGACUACUGUGAAAGCUCCCGCCGGGGGCCUGUAAUUUAUGCUGUUUGUAAAGUUUCAUGUACAGUCGUUCGAAUUUUUUUUUUUUGCCGUUUUAUAAUGUUUCGGGCCCCGGACUGUCCGUUUCGCCAGCAGCUCCUGGAACAAGGGCGUUUUAGCCAUUUGUUGUGCCGAAAUUCUUCAUCUUCUUAUUAGCAGGUUUUCAUGAAGGAGGCGCGAAUCAUCCGGAUGCGUAAAGUCUGGUCUGCCGGGAUCUGAAAGAUGAUGCAUGUAAAAUUAAAAGAGAAGGUAGAU